AUGACCUGCUCGUCCAGAAUACUCCGUGUUAUGGGAGACACGGAAGUAGAUACUGCCACGGGGCAUGUCCUGCUUCAGGCUGUCAGUUGUCCUGGAAUUUGUGGAUAUGGCAACCUCCCGCUGAGACAUAUGGACGAGGGCUCCCAAAGACGAUGCAAUGAGAGUCCAUGGUGUUUUCCCUUCCUUCCACAAACCGAGUGUAAACAAACGCCGGGUCAGUGUCCCGCGAGCGGUCUUGGCGGGAAGAAGCAGCGUCGCCUCCGCCCCGAGCCUCCUCCCGAGAUGCCCAAGAGACCCUGUCCUUUCGAGGAUUCCUUCAGUCCUCAGAUGAAACUGCAUGUCGGAGCCAAGGAGGUCGACAAUGGCGUGAUGAGGAGUGAGAAGAUGAAGGCGGUGUAUGAUCGGACACUGAGUCUGUUGUACAGCGGUGCUAAGAAUGUGAUGAACAACAACACUGUGGAGCGAAUGGAGACGGGCAUUGAGGGGCAGAAGGUGAAAGCUGCCAACACUCUCCACCAGAUGUGCCUCACUGCCCAAGGAACCCUGGCUAGACCUCAGCCGUUUUCCAAGAAUAUGGAGAUACAACCAAAGAACAGAAGCUCGUGUGGUCACAGUCCAAGUAUAAGGCAGUCUGUUAUACCUUCAUGCAGUUACUGUGAAAGCCAGCUGUGUGAUUCAUGCAUUAAGUCUUGUCAUUUCUGCCAAGGAAUAUUUUGUCCAAAGUGCUCAUUAACUGUAUAUCAAGAAGAAGAGAAGGUUUUGUGUCUCAGCUGCUGUUGAAGUUCUCUCCUGGAUACAAGUUGUAUUAAUAGAAAUUUGUAAUUAAUUCAUUUUUAUUAUGUACCUGUGACUUCCCAGAUUUCUUGUGAUAACAUUUUUUGUACUCCUUGUGAAUGCUUUAAAGUAUUUUGUCUGAAUAGAUAAUUACUAUGAAUUUAAUCUGAGAGUCCUUUUCAAUUGCCAUUCGUUUUAGUUGAUGUUCGUAGAUUACAUUGGUUGAUUGUUUUCAUCCUCAGGGUAUAGAACUUGCAUGUCUCAUUAUUUGGUUGAUUAAGAAAGAGAACAUUUAUUAGAGCGAAUAUGUAGUAAGCUUUUAGACAUUAAUAAAUAUCAAAAUGCAUUA